ACCUCAAACCCCCCCCUCGCCAGCUUCCCCAAGCUGGGGACAAACUCCGGCUGGGACUGAGGUGGUGCGCCAUGGAACGCGGGCAGUGGGUGACGCGGACGGCUUUGUCCCACGUCCCGGUCACCCGCAGAGUGCCACCUUCCCCCGCGCGAGGGCAGGGUGACACGGCGCCGUGUGCCUUGCAGCGCCAUGUCCCUGGGCAGCGACAGCGGCCCCGGCAUCGUGCACAGCCUGCUGUGCCACCGCCAGGGAGGGGACAGCGAGGCCUUCGCCCGCCGCGCCAUCCAGAGCCUGCUGAGGAAGCUGAAGGAGAAAAGGGACGAGCUGGACGCGCUGGUGGCCGCUGUCACCUCCGGCGGGGCACAGCCCGGACAGUGUGUCACGGUCCAGCGCACCCUGGACGGGCGGCUCCAGGUGGCCGGCAGGAAGGGGUUCCCCCACGUCAUCUACGCCCGGCUCUGGCGCUGGCCCGACCUGCACAAAAACGAGCUGAAACCCGUCAAAUUCUGCCAAUUCGCCUUCGACCUCAAGUGCGACAGCGUUUGCGUCAACCCCUACCACUACGAGCGAGUGGGGACCCCCGCCAGCGGUCUGAGCAUCCAGAGCACAGUGCCCCCCCCGCGCCCGGUGAAGGAGGAGUUUGUCCAUGCCUGUGUGCAGAUGGAGCUGCCGGCCCACGGGGAACCGGGGGCCGAGACCCCCGCCCAGCCCUACCGAGUACAGCCCCCACCCCGGCGGCCCCCUGAGACCCCCCGGAUCUACCCCGCGCUCCCCAUGGCGCCCCAAGUGACCCCUCAGGACCCCCUGCACCCCCUGCCCCACCCCGAGGGCCCCCCAGCACAGCCCCCCCUGCAGAACGGGUACCCCGAAGGACCCCAGCACGGUUCCCCACUGAGCUGGACCGGUGCCACCGCCUACACCCCGAGUUUGGGGGGGUCACGGCCCCCCACCCCACAACACCCCGGCAGCCGGAGCCGCCCGCAGCCCCCCCAGCACCACCCCAACCACUGCUGGCCCCCCCACCAUAACCCCGUGCUCCAGCCCCCCGUGUCCACCCACCCCGGGCCGGAAUUCUGGUGCUCCAUCGCCUACUUCGAGCAGGACGUGCAGGUGGGGGAGAUCUUCAAGGUGCCCUCGAGCUGCCCCAGCGUGGUGGUGGACGGGCUGCACAUCGGGAAGGGCGUGCAGCUGGAGCGGCGCGGGGAGGGCGACGUGUGGAUGCGCUGCCGGAGCGACCACGCCGUCUUCGUGCAGAGCUUCUACCUGGACAGGGAGGCCGGCAGAGCCCCCGGGGACGCCGUGCACAAGGUGUACCCCGGGGCGCACAUCAAGGUGUUUGACCUGCGCCAGUGCCACCGGCAGAUGCAGCAGCAGGCGGCCACUGCCCAGGCUGCGGCCACCGCUCAGGCCGCUGCUGUGGCCGGCAGCAUCCCCGGGCCUGGCUCGGUGGGUGGCAUCGCCCCGGCCAUCGGGCUGUCGGUGGCCGCGGGGCUCGGCGUGGACGACCUGCGGCGCCUGUGCCUCGUUAGGCUGAGCUUUGUUAAGGGCUGGGGGCCCGACUACCCCCGGGCCAGCAUCACCUGCACGCCCUGCUGGAUCGAGGUGCACCUGCACCGCGCCCUGCAGCUGCUCGACCACGUCCUGCACGCCCUGCCCGACGCCCACGCCUGACUCCUGGAAGGAGCAGCCGAAAAAGAAAAAAGGGGAGAAAAAAAAAGGCAAAAAAAUUUGAAGCGACUUGACCAAAAAUACGUUGGUUUAACGGUUAUUUAAUGGAUGGGGGCCGGGGUUUGUGGCCUGGGUGUAGUGCAGCCCUCGGCGCUGAUUUCCACCUCCCGGUUUAACUUUUGUAUGAAAAUAAACGGAGGAAAAAAAUAUUUAAAAAGCCAAAAAAAAAAGGUGAAAGUAACACCACCAUGUUUUAACAAUUACUUAUGGGUAGGGUUGGAGUCUGUAGCCUGGGUGCCUCAGCGCC